CGGUGGCUGGUCUUGAGCGGCAGAAUCAGCUGAGCGCGCGGCGGAUCACGUGGGCGGCGUGUCAAAGGUCGCGGCGAGGCUCACAAUGGAGCUGUCGGAGCCUGUGCAGAGCGGCUUGCAGCGCCUGGGCGACCCGGGCUGCUUCUCCCCGCGAGCCUACGCUGUCUUGCUGCAGGCUGCCUUCCGGAGCCUGCUGGGCGGCCAGGCCGACCAGGCCGCGCUGGAUCAUCCAGACUUGGAACAUAUUGACUCAGCAGUGUUAAAAUAUUGUCAUGCAGCAGUAGCAACUUGUAUAGUGGAAGCUGGAAAACACAGAGCUGAGAGAGCUGCCAUAAGCACUUGCCUGGAAGACUGUAAGUUUGACAGAGAAAGAAUUGAACAGUUUUGCACCGAAUAUCAGAAAAAUAAAGAUUCAUUGGAAAUCUUAUUGGGAAGAGCAGUGACUCAAGAUCUCACCCAGACCUUAAUUUUAGUUGUUCUAUGGAGCAAUUACAGGUAUUUCUUCAGCGCCACCAUGCAUCGCACCACCCGCAUCAAGAUCACCGAGCUGAAUCCCCACCUCAUGUGCGUGAUCUGCGGGGGGUACUUCAUCGACGCCACCACCAUCAUCGAGUGCCUGCACUCCUUUUGUAAGACAUGCAUCGUGCACUACCUGGAGACCAGCAAGUAUUGUCCCAUUUGUGACGUUCAAGUUCACAAGACCAGGCCGCUGCUGAACAUCAGGUCAGACAAAACUCUCCAAGACAUUGUGUACAAGUUAGUGCCAGGCCUUUUCAAAAAUGAAAUGAAAAGAAGAAGAGACUUUUAUGCUGCUCACCCAUCUGCUGAUGCUGCCAACGGCUCCAACGAAGACAGGGGAGAAGUUGCUGAUGAAGACAAACGAAUCAUAACAGAUGAUGAGAUAAUAAGUUUAUCAAUUGAGUUCUUCGACCACAACAGGGUGGAACGGAAAGGAAUUAAAGAGAAAGAGAAACCCAAAGAAGAGGUGAAUGACAAAAGGUAUCUCCGCUGUCCAGCAGCGAUGACUGUGAUGCAUCUGAGAAAGUUUCUUCGGAGUAAGAUGGACAUACCCAAUACUUUCCAGAUCGAUGUGAUGUAUGAAGAGGAACCGCUGAAGGACUACUACACGCUAAUGGACAUCGCCUAUAUUUACACGUGGCGAAGGAACGGCCCCCUGCCUUUGAAGUACCGGGUCCCGACGUGCAAACGGAUGAAGCUUGGCGGCCCCCAUCGCGAGGGCUUGAAUCACAGCGGGGAGCUGGAAAGUGACUCUGGGAGCGAGAAGGCGAGCAGCAGCAGCCCCCCCGCCGCGGCCCCUCCACCUCCUCCUCGGCUCUGCUCGGCCCCCCCGCCGCCGCCGCCGCCGCCAUCGGUGCAGGCGCCCCACCCGCAGUUCCCGCACAUCUCCAGCACCAUGAACGGCACCGCCGGCAGCAGCGGCACGACACCCACCACCUCCUUCGCCAACAGAGCCCGGAAAGCCUCGCUCAACGGCUCUUCGGCCACCUCCUCCGGCUGA